AAUGAAUUCGCGUGUUGAUCAUUAUCAAAAGACUUUUUAAAUAAAUAAGAAAAACUUGGAAUAGUUUGUAGAAUAAUGUAAUAGUUUAUAAAAUAAAGUUAGAAAUGUUGUAUGACAAUUUUAAAUAAUUUACAAGUGAUGAAGGAGAAGAUGAAGAAUAAAGUAAGUAAAUGUUAAAUAAAUAUAUUCUAGUAUUUUAGGGAGACAAAAUAAUUUUAUAUUACAAAGGAUAAUAAUACAUUUUACCAUUAAGUAUAUUGGGAAUGUCUUCUUUAGAGAAUGUAAAGGAAUAUAUUAUUAUGAUAGGUAUUUUAAAUAGAGAAUUUUACGAAAUAAGAGAUAGAUUCAUUAUGUUGUUUAUUGCCAGAAGCUGAUUUGGGAUUAUUUUAGGAUGUGAUAGAGGGGAAUAAAAAUUUUCAUUUUGGAAGCCCAUUAAAUAUUUUCCUAAUGAAAAUGAAAAGUGGAUAUUUUACAAGAAAUAAAGAAAUAUGUGAUAAAUUGGAAUAGAAGAUAUCUAGAAAUCAUUAAAAUGAAUAUUAUUCAAAUAUAUAUGAUAAUUUUCAUAGAGAAGGGAAUAGAAUUUCGAAUGUACUUUAAAGAAAGAAAAGAAUAUAAUUUUAGAGAUCUCCAUCAUAAAUAUCUGAGGAUUAUGAAAUAAGUAAAUAAAUAAAAUUAGAUGAGAAUGAAGAAUAAGAUGAGGAAGGAUUUUCAACAUAAACAUCUUAAUCAUAAUCAUCAGCAAAUAUGCAAUAAUAUUCAUUAUAGCCUUAACCUUAGAUUUAAUAAUAAUUUAUACCAUCAGCAUAAUCAUUAUUUAUAAUAACUCCAAUAACACCAUUACCACCUUUAACAUCUACAUCAAUGGCUACAACAGCAAUGACAUUAGCAUUAAUGCAAGCCAAAAAAUCAAUAAAAUAAUAAAAUAAGAAUUAAACUUAAAAUGUUUAAGAGUCUAAUAUUCCAAAUGGAUAAACAAAUAGAGAAUGGUUAGAAUUUUAUUGGAAAUAGGAAAGAGAAAGAUAUUAAAAUCCACUAUAACCAUAUACAUUUACAUGCAUAGAUGGUUCUAAAGUAACAGUAGCACCAGUUGCUAAGAAAUUGAUAUCUGGAUCAAGUUAGAAACCAAGAUAACAUGAAUUAUUAAAGAAUGAAAGACCUACAUAUGUUACAAUAUUAUCACUUGUAAGAGAUGCUUCCGCAAGAUUACCUAAAGGUUUUGGAACUAGAGCUGAUAUUGUGAAUUUAGUUAGAGAUUCUUAAUAUAUUAAUGAAAAUUUACCAGAAGAGAAAAUGAGUUCAAUUAUUUCAGGAGCAUUAGAUAGAUUGCAUUAAUCAACUGACCCAUGUGUUAAAUAUGAUUAAGAAAAAAAAAUAUGGAUGUAAAAUAUUUAUAUUACAAUUUUAGAUAUUUACAUCAUGAUAGAGAUUCAACAUAUCCUGAAUGGUAAGUUGCUACUCCAGCUAAAAAUAAUAGUAAUAAAAAAAAGUGUUAACUUAAAGAUGAUCAGGAAAAUUGA